AAGUGGCAUCACAAUAAUAGUAAACGGAAACGGUGAAAUCCUUAUUUCUGCAAAUUCUGAAGACUCAUUGGAACUAUUUAUAUCUUUCUAAAUUUGUUUGAAAUCUCGGUACUUUUUUUCCGAUGUUCUUAGAAGAGUUAGUGUAUCAGUUUCUAAAUCUAAUGUUACAAUGGAAGCAAUUUUUCACGAAAAGCAAGAAGGAUCAUUAUGUGCUCAACACUGCUUAAAUGCCCUUCUUCAGGCUCCUUACUUUACUGCUGUUGAAUUAGCAACCUUGGCCAGGCAAAUAGAUGAAGAAGAACGAUCCCAAAUGGCUGAAGGCGGAGUGCAAUCUGAGGAUUACAGAAAAUUUAUACAACAACCUUCUGGUAAUGUGGAUGACAGUGGCUACUUUUCUGUGCAAGUGAUAGCAUCUGCACUUAAAGUGUGGAAUCUUGACCUAGUUCCAUAUAAUAGCCAAAAUCCUCUUGCAGAAGCUGCAAGGAAUGAUCCUACACUGCAGAGUGCAUACAUAUGUAAUUUCAGAGAUCAUUGGUUAACUAUUCGAAAAAUAGGAAAUCAGUGGUUCAAUCUCAAUUCUUUAUUAGUGGGCCCUGAAUUGAUAUCAGAUACCUAUCUAGCCUUGUUUCUUGCACAACUGCAAGAUGGAGGAUACGCUAUAUUCAUUGUUGAUGGCAAACUUCCAGAAUGUACAGCAGAUGCAUUGCUUCGUGUCACUCCUGCAGUGCAACGAGAAAAGCCAUGUCUCAUAAGUGAGUUGAAAGCUCCUUAUGGUGUUAGUCAAGAAGAAGAUGAAGACAAAGCCUUAAAUGAUGCACUUACUCAAACUUUAGCUGAAUCAAUUCAAAUGGAAGAUGAUUGCCUGCAAGCAGCGUUAUCUAUGAGCUUGAGUGAAUUUCAGUCUGCUUCCAGCACUAGAAAUCGUUCAUCAGGAAAUGCAGCUAAUUAUCAAUAUGAACAACAAACUCCAGUAACGCCUGAGCGAGAAAUGAGUGAACAAGAAAUGCUGGAAGCAGCUAUUAAAAUGUCAAUGGAAACUUCAUGAUAGAAAAUAAUUUCUUCUUUAUAAUAAGAGCAAUGGAAGUAUUUUCUCAAAUCAGGCUUUUGCUUAUUUCGUAGUUUUUUCAGUUUUAUUUCAUAAAUAUAAAUGACUAGAAUUCAUAUAUAAAUAUAUAUACUUUUUUGUUAAAAUUCUCAUUUACUAACCGGUGAAUUGUUAUUUAUUUAUAUAUUCAAAGAAGUUAUAUUAAAAAAAUUAUGAUAUGUGACAUAUUUGUUUUACCCUUUUAACAAGAUUUGACAAAGUUAGUUGUUUUAAAAAAUUAUAUUUGGGAUCUUGGUGCUAAACUUAUAUGUCAGAUAUAAAUUACUAUUGUUUAUUUUUAUUAAAAAAUAAAUUUUUACCUCUCUGUUGUAUGUCAACAUAAAUUGUUGUAUGAAUGCAUUUUCAAUUUAUUGUAUAGUGGGAAAAAAAAUAAAAUUAUGCUGUUUAAUUAACUUUUUUAUAAAUGUUAUUCAAUAUGUUUCAUAUUUGUGGUUGUAAGAAUUUAUUCACGCAUUCGCUUUUUUGUAUUUCACAAUUUUAUAACUGUUAUAUAAUAAUUUAGAUUACAAAAUAUUCAUGUUUUACAUAAAUUCUAUACACUUAUAACCAUGUGCAUUAUUGUAGUGAAUAAAAGUAAAAAAUACAUUUUAUCUUCAAAAAAGAGGAUUUUUUUUCUGGAAAAUGAACUUCUUAAUAAAUUAAAUUUAGACAGCUAUUUAACUGCCUUUAUCCAAUGGUACUUAAAGUAAGUAUAUGCGAAGAGAUCGUCAAAUAAAAGAUAUUAAUAUUGUAGUAUUUUAUGCUUAUGGGAACCAUAUUUUUUGCCAUUUAUACUACAUUGAAUUAACAGAUUAAUUAUAUUAUAGCCCUGGCUUAAAAAUGUAGUAUAAAUGCUUAUUUCUAUGCAAGAAGUAGAUAUAGCCAAUUAAUACAUAAGAUGUAACUUCUUUGUUGGAAUUUAUUUUUUUAAGAGAUACAUAAAAUUCUGUGAUUUUUCUAAUAGUGGCCAUAACUUGAUGUAUGUUUAUUGUCUCAACAUAAUCAAUUCAUUUGUAUUUUGCUAUUUCUAUAAUGAAGGUACCACAAUGUGUUUUUUAAAAUGCUGCUAAAUUCUGCUUUGUGUGGAAAUCAAGUAUGGAAUAACAUUAUUUGAUUAAUUUGUUGCGAUUAAUACUAUAUCUUUUGUAAUUUUACUUUUAAAUGUACUUCUACUUUUCAAUUUAUUAAUUAUUUGAUUUAUUUAAUUUUGGUUAUUAGUUUAUUUUAAGGUUUUAUAUUGCACAUGAAAAAUAAAAUGUUUACCUGAGAAGAUAAUAUUGAUGGAAAAAAAAUUAGGUAGCAAAUAGAAUAUGCUACAAGCAUUACUUAUGUAGGUUGAACAAUAUGGAAUAGUUUUGUAUUAUGUACAUUUCAAAUUUCAUGAUUACUUGCAAAUUUGUUAUUUUGAUGUAUAUGAAACAAAUAUUAUCUGCUUACUAUUGUUUUAUUUAAAAUGUCAUAUAGGGUUUUAAACAUUAAAUCUUGUUUCACACUAACAUUUAUUUACAAAGUCAUACAUAUUUUUUUAAUCAGAUUUAUUUUAUAAACAUUGCUUCUUUUUAAUUUGCUUAAAUUCUUGUUAAUAAUGUCAUUUAUAAGGUCAUGUUAUGUAUGAGAUUCAACUACAAUUUAUUUCAAUUCCACCCCUAAAUUAGUGAAAAAUUGAGAAACUUAGUUUCAGACAUUAUUUCUGAUUUUAUGUUAGUACAUGCUUAAAUAGUCAUUAAAUUCUAUUUCAUUGUUAUUUGAUAUAGCAAUCUAUCAAAUUAAGCUGUGGCCCCUUCAAAUGCAGUUAUUACACCUGGAAAGUGCUCCUUACAUACAUAAAGUAUAAAGAAUAGAAUUAAAUGUCUUUUUUAUUAUUAUUUCCCAAAUAAUAAUAAUUACAAAAUGAACCAUUACUUUUAAUUAAUGUAAUAAAUUAUUCAAUCAGAUCCCCUUUAUGUAAAUUUUUGCUUUAAAAAUAUGAAAAAGCAUAAACAAAGUUGCAUGCAUUAUAAGAAAUUUAAGUAUGGGUGAUAUUAUAGUUCGAAAUUGUUUUAAGAAAUGAAACUGCUAUUGAAAAUAAGUUUCAGUGCUUCUUUAUAAUUCUGUAUAGUUUCAAAAAGGAUAUUUUUAUGUAUAUUUAGAAAAAGAAAUUUUACUUAUUUAAAUCGGUAUUCUAAAUUACAAAGCAGGUGAAAAGAUAUCUUUAUGUAUGUUUUUUUAUCUCGUUAAUUUUUUUAUCUUGUUAUAAUGUGCCAUUAAUCAAAUAAAUGGGCUGUUUAAUGAAGGGGGAAAACUAUACUAAACUAUAAAAAAAUGUUUUUAAGCAGAAAUAAACUUUUUUCGUAUUGUUUUUAAUCUGAACUUUUAAAUCAGUUCUUUACAUCAGUACAUUACGAUUUUUUUUUUUUUUUUUUUUUUUUUUUACAUUUUGCAGCUAUCUUUGAGCAUACAAUGGAUGAUAUAACACAUUGUAUCGGUCUCAGUUUGUUGAGGCCUGUUUCUUCCUUCAGAUUGCUUGUAAAAAUUCAGUUAGCAAUGGUUGAAAAUCCUCUAAUAAACUAAGAAAGGGUCAGUUUUUUUUUUAAUCUAUCCAUUUAAACUGUGAUAGAUGAACUUCGUGUAUAUAGAUAACAAAGUAUAGACUUAUAUAUAUUCAUAUAACUAGCAUUUGAAUUACAUUUCUGAUUUUUUAAUAUGUACUCAGAACAACUUGUUUUGUGUGUAUAGUUCUCCAUCUUUGAAAUUAUUUGACUGGAGCAUUUAUUAAAAUAUGGUUAAUUUUGCUUUCCUCCAGUAUUAACUUAGAUUUUUUAUUUCCAUUCCAUGAAUCUGUUAUUAUUUAAUAUAUUCUUUAAACUGGUACUUCUUCAUUAAGAUAGCAAUGUGCAUUAGAAAUUAUAUUGACUCUAAUGUCACGUUCUUCUCAUUUUACUUUGUGUGACAUUUUUGUGUCUUUAAUUUGCAAUGUUUUGCAACCAACAGUAGCGAGAUGUACUAUGCAAAAGACAUUAGUCUUCCAUUUUUAACCCAUCAUAAUACAGUGAUCACAAUAAUUUAUAAACUAAAUACUUCGAAAUAACUUCAUUAUGUUAUCAGUAUUUGACUUAAGAGAUUUUAUGUACUUCUAAAUGAAAAUGCUUCAUUGUACUAUUCUCAUAUUUGUAUAUAAUUGAUUAAUCUAUUGUUUAUUUCACUAUCACUAUUUUCUAUGAAGUUUAAAAUAAAUUCUGUAUAUAUGCACUA